GUUUCAUUGGUUCCUGUGAGAAGUCCCGCCCCCACUUCCGGCUUGCUUGGUGUUGACAGGAUGGCGGAGACCGGGUGGAAGCGCUGGAGCGCCGGGUGUCCGGCCCGGGUGGGGCCGCGCAAGGCAGCAGAUGGCUUGGUGAAAGUUCAGGUGGCUUUGGGGAACAUCGCAAGCAAAAGAGAGAGGAUUAAAAUUUUGUAUAAGAAAAUUGAAGAUUUAAUAAAAUAUCUGGAUCCUCAGUAUCGAAUGGCAGUUCCUGAUGCCAUGAAACUGCAGUUCAUCUUAGCAGAGGAGCAGUUUAUUCUUUCCCAAGUCGCCCUUCUGGAACAGGCGAACAACCUCCAGCCGUUCUUGGACAGUGCACACAUCAAAGGAACUGACAGAACUGUUCCAAACAGAGCUGAAGUCACUGCGGCAGUCAGAGUUUAUUACAAGCAACAAGUCCAAGAUAAUGGAACACCGGAUGUAUUGACAUCUGCACGCAGACAUCAGGUGCCACUGCUGAUUCAGUCAAAAUGUCGAAGACAUAUGAACUUGUCAGAACAGAGGGGUAUUGCUGGAGCCCAUCAUUCUUUUCUUUUGCAAACCUUCCAGCUACUAUUUCACAGGUACUGGAUGAGGAAAUAAAGGAAGAAACUCUCUUUGGAAGUUUCACAUAUUCUUCUGGAAAAGAAGCUAUUGAAAUUUUCCAACUGAAGGUACUUUAAGGGGUGGCAAGAUUGGGGCAGAUGGCACUGCAGACAGAGGCUUGCCUGCAAGUCUUUGGAGAGGAUGUGGAAAUCUCUCUCUGCUGAGAGGGGAUUUCAAAGUGAUUAAACUGGCGGUUUUGGAGAACAGAACUGUAUUGUGGGUGGGUGUGGGAAGGGAUACCUGACACUGUCAGUUCCUGUGUGAACUUUGGUUUUAAGGGAGGCCCCUGGCUGAAUUAACUGCUUUUGGCAAAGUCCCGCUCCCCUACCAGCCAUCCUAAGUUGCAGAAGACAGUGGUUCUGUGUUAGGAUAUAGAUAUUCAGGCCUGUCUGCAAAGGCCUGUACUUUAAGAAUGUAGGUGUGUUCUUAUCACUUAGCUAGUUAUAGAGGUAUAAAAGAAAAAAUCAAAAAUCACUGUCUGUGGAAUG